GUUGGUUACGCGUCUACCGUUAGAAUAUAAUACGCAAGAGAGUUAUAGGAGGGAGGCAGCAGUCGAUAGUGAUAAAAGAAUUUCUACAAUACCGACGUAGAUAGGUAUUUGCGGCGAAACUAGCAUUUGCGGUUCGUUGCUGAUUGGCGCUGGUGUUCGAGCAACGUUUCUCCGCAUGCUACUCGUUGUGGUACGGUUAUUCGUUUAACGAAUAUUAACUGAUGUGACGGUUUUCUUUCCCUAGUCGAUGAGGUUGUAUCGUAUUGGCAGGUGUUCCAUUGUCAUAACGGAUGAAAUGAAUAUUUAUCUGUGGAAAGAUCAUUUUAGUUCGCUCAAGAAAUUGCAAGUGUUUUUCCUAUGGUUUAUUGCGAAUUAUUAAGUUUGAUCGCCGAAUUAAUUUUAUACAAAUUACGAAUGAAUGCGAGCAACGCCGAAUUUAUGGUUACCAAAAGUGUAUCCCUUGGUGAAUAAAAUUUUAAAUCAAAUCAGAGGAGAAAAAUGUACAAUAGAAGGUAACAAUUGAAGGAGAUUAAGCUAUGGCCAACAGGAAAGACAAAACAUCUGUAGGUUUCCUGGACACAUGGUUCGGCCGGCCAAAAAAGUCCGGGCGUGGAGGUGGGGUCAGAAGUGGUUCGGGAAACAACACUAUACCACGACCCCAUUCCGGUGACGAUUUCAAUGAAAUUGAACAACAACGUUGUAUGAUCGAAAGAAUGGACAAAGAGACGGUGAACGACAAAUUCGAGGAGAUGUUGGCCAACAUGAAUCUGACCGAGGAGAAGAAAGAGCCCUUGAGACAGCAAUCGGAAACAAAGAAGAGGGAGAUGCUGGUUUUGCAUUACAAAGGUAGCAUACAGGAGAAUAGAUCAAAAUUUGAUAAACCAGCGGAUUAUAUACAGUAUUUGGCGCAACCCGAUUUGAGCGUCAACAAGAUCUACAACUGCAUCGAGUCGUUAAGAAUAGCGUUGACGAACAAUCCUUUGAGUUGGGUUCAAGAAUUUGGUACCAAAGGAUUGAAACAGGUUUUAGCAACGCUCAACGAAUGCUAUCGGAAUGCCUUCAUAUAUUACGAUAGUGACAACCGGUACGAGCGAAUACAGUACGAAUGCAUCCGAUGUUUAAAGGCUAUUAUGAACAACACCGUCGGCAUAAAGGAGAUGUUGGCUCAUCACGAAGCACUCACGAUCGUAGCUAGAUCGUUAGAGCCGACCAAACCAUCGGUCAUGUCCGAAGCUGUGAAAUUGCUUGGCGCGGUUUGUCUCAUUUCGAGCGACAGCCACAAGAAAGUCUUGGACGCGAUCACCAUGAACGGUGAAUUCAAAGGAAGGGAAAGAUUUUUACCGAUCGUACAGGGCCUGAUGAACAAGAAGAACGAGAACUUACGGGUGGAGUGCCUUCAACUUAUCAAUUCCAUCAUUUCUUCGGCCGAAGAACUAGACUUUAGAUUGCAUCUGCGAAAUGAAAUCAUGCGGGUCGGCUUGGCUGAUAUUUUAGAGACAUUGGAAAAGAACGAAUCCGAGGAUCUGGCCAGACAUCUAAAAAUCUUCAAUGAUCACAAGGAGGAAGAUUACGAGGAAUUUGUUCAAAGAUUCGAUCAUGUUCGAUUGGAAUUGGACGAUGUAAACGAUUGUUUCGAAGUGAUUAAAAAUAUGGUGAUGGAAACAUCCGCGGAACCAUAUUUUUUGUCGAUACUUCAACAUCUUUUAUUCGUCAGAGACGAUGCUCUGGUGAGGCCGGCCUACUAUAAAUUGAUAGAAGAAUGCGUGUCGCAAAUAGUGUUGCACCGUUCAGGCUGUGAUCCGGAUUUUAGCGCAACCAAACGCUUUCAAAUCGACGUUCAACCGUUGAUUGAUACGUUGGUCGAGAAAUCGCGGGCAGAGGAAGAAAGACGAUUGGUCGAAGUAUCGCAAAAGUUGGAAGAGGCCAUAGCUAGUAAGCAGGAAGCGGAGGCGAAACUCCAACACGCGGAGAACAAGAUCAGGGAGCUGGAACAAGGAGGAGCGAGAUCGACCGGUGUCAACGCUAAUGUUGUGAAGUGUUCGUCCACACCAGGAACAACUAAUCCACCGCCACCUCCACCGCUUCCGCUUGCAAAUGCGGGCGGAUCCGGAUCGGGAAUGCCACCGCCGCCGCCGCCGCCACCACUACCAGGUUUCGGCGGGCCGCGUCCACCUCCGCCACCUCUUCCCGGUUUCGCGGGACCUCCACCACCGCCUAUGCCUGGUAUGCCAUCGGGACCGGGACCGGCACCUCCACCGAUGCCAGGAUUCGGUCCGGUACCUCCACCGAUGAUGCCUGGGUUCGUACCAGGCUUGAACGCUGCUCCACAAUCGCUACCUUUAGGACUGAAGCCGAAGAAAAAGUGGGAAGUCGACGCGCCGUUGAAGAGAGCAAACUGGAAAGCGAUCAUGCCUCAUAAACUCACCGAAAAAUCGUUUUGGACAAAAGUGCAAGAGGAUAAGUUGGCCAGGCCCGAAAUAUUAGACGGCUUAGUUCAAAAGUUCGCAUCGAAACCGAGUGGGAAGAAAAUCGACGAUGUCGUGGACAAAUCAGCUCCGUCGAAGAAAGUGAAAGAUCUAAAAGUCCUGGAUGGCAAAGCUGCGCAAAAUAUUCUUAUAUUACUUAAUGGUACUUUAAAACACACGUCGUACGAAGAGGUCAAGUCAUGUUUACUUAAGUGCGAAGGACCCGUUAUCUCGGACAAUAUACUUCAAGGACUGAUACAGUAUUUACCACCACCGGACCAACUGUCGAAACUGCAACUCUACAAAGAUCAGUACGACGAUUUGACAGAGGCCGAACAAUUUUGCAUCACCAUAUCAACGAUCAAGAGAUUAUUGCCGAGACUGAGAUCGUUAAGUUUCAUGCUACGAUACGAAGAACUGGUGCAAGAUGUAAAGCCGGACAUAGUAGCGGGGACGGCAGCCUGCGAGGAAGUAAAAGGUAGCAAAAAAUUUGCCAAAAUUCUCGAACUUAUUCUUCUGCUUGGCAAUUACAUGAAUUCCGGCUCGAAAAACGGCCAAGCCUUCGGCUUCGAGAUCAGUUUUCUUACCAAGUUAACAAGCACCAAGGACGUCGACAACAAACAAACUCUGAUGCACUAUUUGGUGGACACGAUAGAGCGACAAUUCCCCGAGUGUCUGAGCUUCCCAGAAGAGCUAGCACACGUGGACAGAGCUAGUCGUGUUUCCUUGGAAAAUGUACAGAGAACGUUGCGACAGAUGGAUUCCAAUAUUCGAAAUCUUGAACAAGAUUUGUCGAAUGCCAAAAUCCCACAAUCGAAUGACGAUUUGUUCCUGCAUGUUAUGGGUCCUUUUGCGAAGAAAGCCCGCGAAUCUUACGAAGUUCUUCAAAAUAUGUUUAAACAUAUGGACAGUUUGUACACCGAAAUUUCGGAAUUUUUUUCUUUCGACAAGCAAAAGUACACGAUCGAAGAAUUUUUUGGGGAUAUAAAAACUUUUAAAGACGAUUUUAUGCAUGCUCAGAAGGAAAUAAUAAAACUACGAGAGGGAGAAGAGAAACAAAGACGAGCGAGAGAGGCGCGAGAAAAAGCAGAAGCGGAGAAAGCGGCACGGGCUGCGCGGAAACGAGCACUGGUUGACAUGAACGCCCACGAAACGCAGGAAGGUGUCAUGGACAGCUUAAUGGAGGCUCUACAAACUGGUUCCGCGUUCAGUCGGCCGGAUCAACGACGAAAACGUCAAGUACGCGCCGCUGGUGGUAAGUUCUAUAGGGCUGCAUAUGCUACGACGAAAUCUACGAAGAAGGAGAAGUUGUUGCUGGCUAAAUUGUACGAAUCGGGAGAAGCCGAGCGGCGGCGCAUGCUUCGAAAUCGAAAUAAAAUCGUCGCCUCGUCUCUUCCUCGUGGUGCAGUCACGAGCUCGGCAAGUUCCGAUUUAACACAGUAUACGACACCGGAAGAGAAUCAACAUCUCUAUAAGCGUUUGUUGCUCGAUCGUGCCACGAGAGCGCCCAAGCGAGAAAGUUUUCUGUCUAGGGUCAGUUCGUUUCAGAAAAGCAAACAAGCCGAAAUCGAAUGCAAGAGAGCACGCGUCGAUCGACCGAUGAUCGAAGAAACUCCGAGAAGAGAGAUUUCUAUAAGAAGAUCUCGAAAUUUCGAUAAAAACUCAAAUUCAUCCAGCAAUUCUGUUCAAUGUAGUGUCGUGACCGCUGCUACUUUAUCGUCGGCCUCGUCAUAUGGACUCGUAAUAGACGAACUGAAGAAGCGCACACCGACGCACGUCGAAUCUCUAGCAUCGAACGAUCCGUCGCCGUGUUCGAGCUUGCAACUUUCACCCUGUGUUUUGUACCAGACGGUUUUAGUAGGCGAAGCUUUGAAAGUUAGCCCGGCGAGAAAACGACGCGUUAUAGUAAGUAAGAAGCAUAAGAGAAACAGUAUCGUGCGUCGUGCCGUUCAAAGUCGUAGAUCGAAGCAUGCGAGGAGGUCGACGAUGGCCGGUGACACAAGAUCGUUUGGUUAUUUAGGCAGUCCAAGCAGCGAAAGCGUUUCGCUGAUCGAAAGUUAUUCCGUUUGCCGUGCUUCCGAUACCACUACCACUUCCGAUACCGCAUCGACCAGAAUAUCGCGAUCCAUGGGUGAUAUCGCGACGAGAAUCGGCAAGACGAUCUCCUCUCCGUUGAAGUUGAUUCGAACGAAAAAUUUCGGGAACAAUAACGCUCAUUGGAAAGACGAGAAUGAAAACAAUCUGUGCAACAUAGAGUAUUCGAACGGUCAAUUCACAACUUUGAAACGUUUAGUUCGACCCGAAAUCGCGAAUACAAGCAUGAAAACAACCGAAUCGAACAGACUCGCUAUCCAAAUGACCGACACCACUCUCGAGUCUCGAGUGAACAACAACCUUGAUAUCUUUCACCGAUUAGGAUACGGGAAUAACGCGUUAGAAUUUUGUUCGACGUCCGAUCGAUCGAUCAAAUCAUCGAUCAAACGAGAAUGCGACGAUAUACCUUCGAUUGCAACCAAAGAGAAACAAACCGUUCUAAUGAAAAGGAAAAGUCAGAAACGGACUUGGAAAUUUUGGUAGACUUGUACGUCGAACGUCUGUAUCGUUAUCGUGGUAGACGUUAUCGCGACGCUUUCGAACAUGACACGUUACACGACUACGACGAUUUCAGGAUAUAAUGCUUCACUUUCCUGUACUUUUUACCACAAGACAAGACUGAAUCCUCGCCUCGUCGCUUCUUUCAUCUUUCUUUUUUUUCUUUCAGUACUUUCUUUCUUUUUUUUUUUCUUUUUUCUUUUUUACGAAAUUUCAAUUUCACGUCAUUGGAUGUCGUUUGGCCGUGUCAGACGCAUGCUUCUUUUCCAUUUUUCAUCUAUGACUUUUUAUUAUUACUCAUUUUUACUCGCUGGUCUCGUUUUUGAAAAAAUCGCAUUAGCUCGACGACUAAUCGAGGACGGAGACUUUGCCAGUCUAUCGGAAGCGGGAAAAAAAGAGAAGAAGAAAGAAACACGUAAAAUACGAUUUAACAGUAAUUUUUAGGAACGAGAACUUAUCGACUGUACAACAUUCUGUGAUUUAGAUACGCAGACGAUCAUCGAAUAUAUACUCGCGCAACUACAUCGAUCACUUGUAAUCGCAUUCGUUGUUGUAAAUAUCGUAAUUUUCAAAUAAAUAAAGGAAGUUUUUUUUGUACUA